UAAUAUUCUUGCAGCAAACAGAUUAGAUGGGUAGUGACGUGAAUGAAAGAGAGCCUUUCUCAAUCUCUCCUCUGAUUUCUUUGUUUUCAGUCUUUCUUUAACAAUUGAAUUGAAAUUAACAUACAUAUAGUGUCUUAAACCUCUGUUAAGAGGGAAGGGUACGGAGGAUCUGGUGCGAGAAAACAGGACAAGAGAGAGCUGAGGACAAAGGAGAGAUCUUUGGGCAUUUUGAGAGGAAAUCGGAUAGUUUUAGUGGGGCUUUCCGUUCGGGUCUUUGGGGAACGAAGAGUAUGAAUCAGAGAGAAGGAAUUAGAGCUUGGAAAGUCUUCUUCGCGGGUAAUUUUCUUGGUCAAAAAACGAGCAGAGUUAGCGGUUCUUUAGGAUUCACAAAAGGAUAAUUGAUGAUUUUAAAGUCACUCAGACUCUUCAAAUUUGAGAACCAACCUGUUUGAGCCACAACUCAACAGUGUUAUUGGUAAGCCCAUGUAUGCCGAAAGAAGAUGGACCUAAAAGCGUUCUGAUGGCUACGACCAAUAGAUGAGAAGUUGCCAAGUCAUUUAAAACAGGCAACGGGAAGUGCAUUUGCCAAUUGACAUUUAUAUCAUAACUGAGCAGCUUCAAAACCUAAGGCUAGCAGAAUCACGCUAUCUUGAUUCUUCUUUUUAUGAAAAUGGAGUCGUUGUUAUCGUCUUCUCAAAAAUAUUCUCACCAUGAGGAUGAUGAUAAGUUCUUGUCAAGAGUAUUUUCACUAUCAAUCAAGAGGCAGUCUUGUCCAAUAUGCUUAGAAAUUAUCCACAAACAUAGAGCUGCAGUGAUCGCAGUGUGCAAACAUGCUUACUGCUUAGAUUGCAUUUGCAAAUGGAGCAAUCUGAAGAGGAAUUGCCCCCUCUGCAAUAAGCACUUUGAUUCUUGGUUCUAUUAUUCAAAUAGUUCAUCAAAGAGGUUUCUCAAGGAGCAAUUACCACCUCUAUGCAAGGGCAAAAUGGAUGUCAGUUUAGAAUCUAGGCCCAUCGUCCAUGAUACUCGAAGAGUCAUUCAAAGAACAAGAGAAGAAUUGCAUAGUGGUGGAUGGAGAUCAAGGCCUUUGCCUUGGCGCCGGUCCUUUGGCCGGCCAGGGUCAGUGCCACCUCAUGUUAUUGAUGAAAGAAAGCUUCAAUGGCGUGCCAGCGUGUAUAGGAAAGGCUUACAAGCUGUCCCUUUAUCUUCCAGGAAUUGCCUUGACCAAAAUACUUCGUGGAACGAUUCUGAGAGAGAAAGAAUGUUACGGAGAAUAGAACCGUGGAUUCGGAGAGAACUCCAGGCGAUCCUCGGGGACCCAGAUCCGACAAUUAUUGUUCAUGUUGCGUCUUCGGUUCUCAUUACAAUCCUUGAAAGAAAGGGUAUCGUCAACUCAGAUCAGACAAGUGUUGAAGAUGACUUGUUUGGGUCUUUACGACAAUUUUUGCACAAUCAAACCAACAUGUUUUUGCACGAGCUAAGGUAUUUACAGAUUCUAAUAAUGCUAUUCAUGGAGUCAUCAAAUCAUUCUGGCAUUUUGCCUGUUUCUAUCAAGGUCUAAAUUUUAUUGUCUUUU